CGGGGGGCGCUCGCUGCUCCCUGCGCGCCAUGCUCCGAGGACCCGCGGCCUUGGCUCCUGCCGCCGCCGCGCCGCCCCCGAAGGCCAUGACUGCGUUGAGCCCCUCGCAGCUCUGGUCCCCGGGCCUGCGAAGCCCACCGCUCUGCCAGGCCACCGCCUACUACACCCCGCUUUACCCCCAAACUGUGCCUACCGCUGCAGCACCGGCGCCGGGCACCUGCCUCGAUGCCACCCCCCACGGACCCGAGUGCCAAGUUGUGCGAUGCGUGCCCGCUGGCCGGCUACCGGCCAAAAGGAAGCUGGAUCUGGAGGGGAUCGGGAGACCUGUGGUUCCUGAAUUCCGAACUCCCAAGGGGAAGUACAUUCAAGUGGAUGGUCUUCCCAGCCCCAAAACCCCCAAGUCUCCUGGGGAGAAGACUCGAUAUGAUACAUCACUGGGUCUGCUCACCAAGAAGUUUAUUUACCUCCUGAGGGAGUCGGAGGAUGGGGUACUGGAUCUGAACUGGGCUGCAGAAGUGUUGGAUGUGCAGAAGCGACGCAUCUAUGACAUCACCAACGUGCUGGAGGGCAUCCAGCUUAUCCGAAAAAAGGCCAAGAACAACAUCCAGUGGGUAGGCAGAGGACUAUUUGAAGAUCCCACUCGGCCUGGGAAGCAGCAGCAGCUGGGGCAAGAGCUGAAGGAGCUGACGAGCAUGGAACAGUCUUUGGAUCAGCUAAUCCAUAGCUGCUCUCUAAGCUUCAAGCACCUGACGGAAGACAAGGCCAACAAGAGUCUGGCCUAUGUGACCUACCAGGACAUCCGGGCUGUUGGCAAUUUUAAGGAGCAGACGGUGAUUGCUGUUAAGGCCCCUCCACAGACGAGACUGGAGGUGCCUGACAGGAAUGAGGAGAACCUGCAGAUAUAUCUGAAGAGCACCCAAGGGCCCAUCGAAGUCUACCUGUGCCCAGAGGAAGUGCAGGAACCAGACAGUCCUGCCAAGGAACUCCUCCCCUCCUCCUCCACCUUUGGCCCUAGCUCCGAUUCCACCCUUCCCAGCAGUAGCACCACCCCUGACAUCCCAGAACCCAUAGCAUCUCCAGCACCAGCGCUGACUUCUCAACAAGUGCCGCCACCGCCACCGCCACCACCACCCCUGCCCCUAGUCCCCCUGGAAGCCACCGACAGCAUGCUGGAGCUGCCACAUCCGCUGCUGCAGCAGACAGAGGACCAGUUUUUGACCCCCAAUCUGCCUGGAAGCUCCCCCCUAAUCAGCUUCUCCCCACCCUUGGAAGCUGAUGACUACCUGUGGGGCCUGGACGGAGGCGAGGGCAUCAGUGACCUCUUCGACUCUUAUGACCUUGGGGACCUACUGAUCAAUUGA